AUGGGGAAAACACUACAAAAGAGACACUCUUGGACGGACGAGGAGCUGAAAAUCCUACCAUACCUCCGGUACACUCGCCAUUGGCGCUUCAAGAAAAUACAAACGUCCUACUUCCCAUCACUUUCUCCGAACGCACUCUUGGGAGCCUACUGGCGCCUGUCCACUGAAGACCGCAUACGCCGAGCAUCGAGGAUCACCACCCCAAUAAUCGCUCCUCGCGACACUGGUGAAGACCUCCCAGGUUCCUCCCAAGCUCAGCCCACGUGUUCCAGUAUCGCACAGGGGACAAGUCGCUAUCGCACUCUCGCUCAAUCAGAAAACAACAUUGAGACUUUGGCCUUCACCCCACCAAGUCCUGUGGGUGGAGGGGAUCCAUUCAUUUCCGACAACAGCAAUUCGGGUCGUUACAAACUCAGGCCAAACAGAGCCUCAAUCUUCCCUCCAAGGAAGCCGGAAUAUCUAGUUGACCGACGCCGUUUCCCCCACUUCUUUAGAUCGUACAAGUACUCUCUCAAUCUACAAGGAGUCCCAGACAGCGACUAUACUCCUCCAUCUCGGAUGCCUACGCCAAGUUCAUCAGAUCGAAGCGUUUCCAUUGUUUCAAGCCUUCCCAGUGCCGCGUCAAGCCUUGAACUCUUCGGCUUGGAGGUGCGCUCUCUUCAGUCAUCAGAUCGUGAAUCGGCUUCCUCUGAUCGGCCCAACGACGUAUCUAGCCCUGACUUCUUCAGCUCUGAGGAGCAUCCAUUGCCAACAUGA